UUAUUUUUUUUGUGCAUAAAAUGGCCACCACAUCCCACAAUGUGGCGCAAAAGCUGCUUUGCAUUGUCGGAGAUGAUGAGCUGGUUGGCAGGAUCCACAGUGAGCGUAAACGUUACUUUUGGCUACAUGAAAAUGGUAAAGCGCUGCCCAAUCAUUAGCUAGCAUCAUAAAUUGUGUUUGCAUCUAUUUCUAUACUGCACAAUACUUCAUUUUAAGGGCAAAACGAUCAGAAUAAAGUAAAGGUUACAUCGUGCUGCGGGUGGAACAGAUUUAUACCAUUUCCAUUCAUCUCCAUGGAAAGCCUUAACUCGGUUUACGACCGUUUAGAGUGUCGGGGGGGAUUUGUUUUCAAUUCUCAUCCAGCCAGUCAGUGAGGAAGGUGGCACAGUAGUGCCUCGUUAAGGUGUGACCAGCCGCCGAGAUCACGAGCACCAAGCCGGGGAUUGGCUGUCCGGCCUGGCCACGCACGCAGGCAGGAACCCGGGCAGCUGCGCAGUGGAGCAGCGGCGGCCGCUUUCCGGUGCGGGCGGUGAGCGGUGACAGACGAUCAGAGGAUGACUUCAGUGCCCCGCAGAAGCUUGAAGCUCAAGACGCUCACUUGAUCCGCUCACGGCGGACCGACAGCCACAAUCCGGAGAACCGAAUUUGACCUACCGGCUUUCGAAUCCACGCAGCAAGACUGAUUUUGCUAUCAGUUUGCUUGUUUUUUUUUUUUUUUUUUUUUUAUUAAAUCCAAGGGAGCUACAGUGUUUUAACUUUUGCGCACGGCGCCGCGGAUCUCCCACCCCCGACCGGGUCGGUCGUCGUCAUCACGUGCGCAACUUUCCGCUGCAGGAUCCCGACAACAGGUGUGACGCCGCCAGCCGCCAAACGACGUCGACUCGCCGGAGCGGUUUGCAAAGCAAAGCGAGGCUCGGAACUUCUCUCCGGACCAAAUUCCGGAGCCGCGCCGGGUGCCAAAAUGAGCUCCGACUGCCUCACGUGGAGGAUUUUACACCUGAUAUUUGCCACUUUGACGGCAGUUGUCCCUCAAGACUUCAGCACUAAGGAGCUGCCCGACACAAAGAGCGCGGUGCCUUUUCCCGUCUUCUUGCCAGUCAGCUACGAGGUUCGGGAUGCGGACUACCUUUUCCUAAAGGAAGCAGGCCAGGACCUUAUGCGGAAUUUCAGCACGCAGAGCAGCACGCAGCCCCUGGUUAUUCUGCGAGCGAGCCGCCAGCCGGCCGUCAACGCGAGCUACGGCGUCGUGUCGGUAGAGGAGCUGGUGCCUUUGGAUCUGGUCCGGCCCGUGCGGCUCUUCAAUGCCCCGGACGCCUUUACCUUCAACUGGAAGAUUCAGGCCUUCGUGCUGACGCCUCGGGUCUUCUCCACCAAGCCCAAAGUGCGGGUGCUCUUCUACGUGGCGGGGAGGGACUGGACCAGGGUGGAAGGAGCCGAGGAUGAGCUGCCUUGUGUGACGGUCUACGGUUUCUGGCAAACGCAGGAGGUCAGGUGUUCCUGUGCCGUGGGAGGCGAGAGGGGAACCUGCGUGGCCGAGCUACGACCUUUGCCCGGCUGGUUCGGUCAGGGCUCCGAAAGCACCACUUGGGAGAAACAGGACCCGGCCGCUGGGAACCUUGUGGAGCUCUACUACCAGGCGCAGGCCAAAGUCGGCGGCAACUGCAACGCCCUGGAAGGCAGUCGUUGGGGGAGCUCCCAACAACAGCAGGCGGAAUACGUUCCCGUGACGCCCAUGCGGAGGAUCGGCAGCGUGCGUCUCCUGCAGGUGCCCAAAGGAAUGGCCACCCUGUCGCGACUCAAGCUCGGCAAUUCCGUCGUCAUACGGACGUCCUCCAAACCGCUGAAGAAGACUGACGUGGCCACCUUCUACAUCCUCAUGGCCGGCUCUGCUCAGCUGACGAACUUCACUCUCAGAGCGACAACAACGAACGGCGUGACCUUUCGUACGGCGACGCCAAGUAACGCUUUGCUGUGGGACAUCUCGCUGGACACGGGCGCGGAUGGAGCCAUCUCGGUUACUUGUCAGAGGAAGGCUCCCGGAGCUGGAAAAAGGCUUGACGGCAAUCUGAUGGAGGUGCUUCAAAUGGACUUUGAGGUGGACGAGCAGAACAGUCCCGUCGACAGUCAGGUGAUCGUAUGGAAGUUGGAGCUCCAGUCCAAAAAUGUAGCCAAAACGGAAGGCGCCAUGAGGAUCUUCACCACUCAGAGAGACUUUGUUGGCCUGGCCCCUCUUCUAACGGAGCCUGACAUCCUGAACACAGCGGUCCUGACCGGCAAGAAAGUUCUGGUGCCUGUAAGAACAGUUGCCGUGGAAGAGGACGGCCGGCUCACCGACGUUUCGGAAUAUACGGAAUGCAGCUCUACUGACGAAGAUGCUCUAAAGGUCUCGGACAGCUGUGACUAUGUUUUUGUAAACGGUAAGGAGACAAAAGGCAGAGUCAAGAUGGCGGUGAACUUUACCUACAGCUACCUCAGCGCUCAACUCGAGCUGAACGUGUGGAUGCCGCGACUCCCCCUUCAGAUUGAGGUGUCAGACUCAGAGCUGAGCCAAAUCAAAAGCUGGAGGGUCCCCAUACUAACUUCCAAGAGAUCUGGCUGGAAGAGUGAAGUGGAUGAAAAGAAGGCAAAGGGCUGCACCUUGCAGUUUCAGCACGCCCUGGUGCGGGUGCUAACCCACUUUGUGGCCGAGCAGGCGGACCCCCGGGACCCGAAAGCCUAUUUCCUGGGCUCUGACUGGCAGGUGGAUGUAACAAAACUGGUCAGAUAUUUCAUGAAGGUGGAAGACCCCCGUGUGGCCUGGCUCCAGGCGGGGAGGGUCCUAUCGGGGCGCGACAUUGGGACUACCGCCGUCCAGGUGUUUUCUCCGCUUUCUGACGCAAUCUUGGCAAAAACGACGGUGCAAGUCACAGAUGAAAAAGUGACCAUUACCGAACUGGGGGUGCAGAUGGUUGCGGGUCUCUCGAUGACCCUCCAGCUCAGCCCGGGGAGCAACCGGGCCAUUCUGGCGACUACAACCACACAGGAAGUUCUGCGCUUGCCCAAACAGGAAGCCAUGGUCACCGCAUGGUUGCAGUUCAGUGAUGGCAGCCAAACACCGCUUGACGUCUAUGAUCCGGCCUUCUACCGAGUGACGGUGUCAUCUCUGGACGAGGGCGUGGUGUCAGUGAGGGGCACCCCUCCGGCUGUGGUGGCAGAGGGAGAGGGCGAAGGCGUUCUGGUACGGGUGGAAAUCUCCAUCUGCGAGGCCUGCCAGAAGUCCAAACGGAAAAGCACUUUCGCUGUGGGCAACGGCAGUCUUAAGGUCAAGUUCCAGGUGAAAAGUCGACGACCGGACGGCGUCGGCGGCAAAACCGCCGAAAAAAACAACAGCGACGGGGACUUCAGAAAUGACGGGGAAGAGACGGACAGGGACAGGAAGCAAAGAAGGCCAUCGCAGGUCCCUUCAUUGCGUAUCACCACAUCGGAGAAAGACCCGAGCGCCUCGGCAAAGACCACAACCAAAUCUACCGAAUGGACGUUCGGGACCAGCGGCAGCCUGGGCGGAGUGGGGAAACCGAGCACUUCGGGAAGCCGUCCCACCGGCGCGGUCGGCGUGAAGGGCAGCCCCGGUGACGCCGGCGAAUCGUUUGACUCCGACAAUUUGAUAGUGGACAGUGUCCGUUUCUCAAGUACCGUGAAGGCUCCCGGUAACCUGCUCAACUCCAAUAAUUUUCCCACGAGAAUCGUCGUGCCCGGGCAAAAGUCGGUGGAGGUCGAGAUCAGUGGCGAGGACGAUACGCUGACCAGCAGGCCCCUUUCUGACUUAGAGAUCGGCAUGUACGCGCUUUUAGGGGUCUUUUGCUUGGCCAUCAUGGUAUUUCUCGUAAAUUGCAUAUCAUAUGUCGUAAAGUUCAGACAUAAGAAGUCUCAGUCACAUGGCCAGGAGCCCACAGGCCACAGACACGACUGGGUGUGGCUCGGUACCGAUGCUGAACUAGUGAUGAGCGUCCCGGGAAGUCCCGUUCAACAAGACUCGCAGACUACGACCACCGUGAUCGACAUUGGCCCCGAUAAGACCGCGACGCUGUCCAGAAGGCCCAGUUGCCUGGCAUCGGUCACAGACUCUCCCGUCAGCCGCGCGGGUUCAUUCCGGGGCAAACCUGCGCCGGCGGAGUCCCUGCACUCGCCGACCAGCAAGAGGAAGCGAGUCCACUUCACCACCUUUUCCACGCAUUCGCCGCACCCGCCGCCGAGGCAGAACGGACACGGCAUCCACUGGGUCGGCAAGGACGACGCCCGCGAGGGGGGACGUCAGGUGCCCGUUGCGGAAUGUCGGGACGGCUCGUGAGAAAGAAGAAGUCUGAUCGGAUCUCACGUUGCGGGAAAUCUGGCUUUGAUCACCUCAAUGCCUUUGCUGACUCACUGUCGGAAAUAGGGAGGGGGGGGGGAAUACGCAACCUUUUCAUAACCUACCAAGGCCUUCUAGAUGUACACAACUGUACACCUAGACUAUUGUAUAAUGCAGAAGAAAUGAGCCGGUUGUUCUACUUAACACAAAGAAAAAGGCACCAAAUGCUGUGCUGCAUGCGGAUCUCCAAUUUUUUUAUAUUUUGCACUUCCUGAUGAGCGACCGACACGACAGGAAUUGACGAGCUUUUGAAAUUAACUCAUUCGUGGGCAGCGUCCCAUUUUUGGGACAUCGUGAUUUUCACGCAUUACAUCCUUCAGUAUGUCAAAAUAUUGAAGUGUUUUAAUCUGAAGCCGCGAUUUGGUAUCAGGAGAGGAUAACUCAUCGGUCAAAGUUAGCGCGGAGUUAUUUCCUUUUCCUUCCUGACCCAACAUGGCUGCCUCAAGUCCACAUAAGAGCGUUUUCCAAGAGAAGAAAGAGAGAAAGGUCAGUAUGCAACCAGGUUUGUCUUCAAAAUGCUAAAUCCAUCAGUAUUAUUAAUACAGAGGUGUCGUUCUAGAAUAAGAAUGCACUAAUAAACAUAUCUCUAGUAUGUACCGCUUCACAGAACUGAUAACAUACCCGUUUUGGGACGCUGCCCGCGAGAGGGUAUAUCUUUUUUACCCUUUGUUUUAUGCGUUAAACGAAAAAGAAAUGUUAUUUUAGGAAACUUUUACCUCAAUAAGGCAAAAAAAUUGCCACCCUGCCCAUGAAUGGGUUAAAUCUAAUACAGGAAGUCACAAGUAGCGCUUUUCUUUUCAACAGUAGCCAUUUUUUUUCUGUGUAAUUUUAUAUUUUACUUCAUUUGAACUGUAUUAAGACUUUAAAACCUCUUACCCACAGUAACCAUUUUAUUUAUUUUUUUAGUACUGGGCCUUUUGCAAAAUAUUCAAAUGUUCAAGUGUGCAUGUUGGAGGUCAUGUGUUAUAUGAAGUCUCUUAUGUCAAAAUGUGUUCCUAAUGUGCAAAUGUUCCCGUGUAUAUAAUCCAGAAGAGAUGAGAUUAAAAAAAAAAAUGCAGGUCAUCAACACUGUUAUUGUCAAAAGUAAAUAAUGCAAAUUCCUCUAUCGGUCAAUCAAAAAUGGCCUAAAACCUUGCUAAGAAAGCAUUUAUCCAUCCAUUUUCUUUGCCGCUUAUCCUCACGAGACGCAGGGAGUGCUGGAGCCUAUCCCAGCUGUCAACAGGCAGGAGGCAGGGUACAAACACAAUCACACCUCGGGGCAAUUUAGAGUGUCCAAUUAAUGUUCCAUGGUUUUUUUUUGGGAUGUGGGAGGGAACCGGAGUGCCCGGAGAAAACCCACGCAGGCACGGGGAGAACAUGCAAACUCCACACAGGCGGGUCCGGGAUUGAACCCGGGACCUCGGAACUGCGAGGCCAACACUUUACCAGCUGACCACCGUGCCGCCCAGAAAGCAUUUAUGGCAGUUUUAAUUAAGAUUUGUUCUAAAAGGCAGCUCCUAAUAAUAUGUACAGUUAUG